UCCGAGGGUCCCUGAAAGCAUCUGGAGGGGCAAAGGAGGAACCUUAGCAACGCAGUUGUAAAGCUAGCGUUUCCCGUCAUAGAAAUGUCAAGAUGCACCUGGAUGUUUACGGAGACCGCCUAGUAUUUUACCUGUUGGCCCCUUCACGCUGCCACGUUCAGAAUGGAGCUCUUUAGCCAGCCAAGCUAGCCCCCUCGCGGCCUUUGGCUUCGUCAUAGCCCCGAUCGGCUAGCUAGACCGAGCCGCCGUUAGCUUAGCUAGCUCGGUGAACAUGGCGAUUGUGUCUGGGUCGUGUUCCCGGGUGAGCAGCUCCAGAAACGGGCCGUCGGUGUCCGCCGCGCCGUCCGCGACAGUCGGACAUUCUCAGCCCAUGAUAGCGGUGUGGGAAUGGCAGGACGACCAGGGCUUCUGGCGGCCUUACAGCGGCCAGGUCUGCGCCCACAUCGAGCGGUGCCUGUCCCCGCGGGGCCACCGGGGAGCCGGACCCAGCUCCACCAGCAUCUGCCUCGGACAAUCAGACCCCAGCCUGUCCCCCUACCUCAUCGACAUCCCGAGCCUGAAGCAGUUCAGACAGGACACAGGAACCACGCGCUCCGUGCGCCGCUCUCUCUUCCCCCAGUCUUCGGGCCUGGGCAGCGGGGUCUACUGGGAAUGGGCCAACGAUGAAGGAGGCUGGACUCCGUACGAGACCAGAACUUCCAUCCUUCUGGAGCACAGUUACCAGGCGCGCCAGGGGACCGCGGACCUGGGCCCUCACGGCUACAACUACAUUGUGGACCUCACGUCUUUCGCCCAGGUCAACAAAUCGUCGGGUUUCCGGCGGCAGGUGCGGAGACUGGGCAACUCGCCGUACCCGCUGGCGUCCCCGGGGCCCCCGGCCGUGCCCCUGGGGCCGGCCUGCUCCUGCCAGCAGUGUUUGAGCCACAGCAGCACCGGGCCCAUGCCCAGCCGCUCGCGACAUUCCUUUUCGUCGGGGAGCCUGAACCGACCGGGCCUGCAGGGACCAGGACGGGCGGCGGCGACCCACCUGACUUCCGUCUACUCUCCGUACCCUCGGAGGCCCCACUCUGUGGGGGGAAUAUCCUGGGGCAGCCCCUGGCUCCCCCCUCCCUCUGCCAGUCAGAUGUCGGCGGCGUCACACCUGAGCAGCCCCCCCAGCGCCAACGGGCUCAGCGUCCCGUCCAUCUCCGUGCAGCUGAACGGCUCCACCAGCGUGAGCUCCGCCCUGGCAGGCAUGGCCUCCAUUUUGAUGUCAGCAGUGGGACUCGGCGUGCACUUCACCUCCGCCCCCCUCCCUCCGCCACCGCAGCAGCCGCAGCAUCAGCCGCCACCGCCGCCUCCUUUCGCUCUUCCUCCUCCUCCUCCUCUCCUCCCCCCAGCCAGCAGGCCCAGCAAGCCCCCCAGCAGCAGCAGCAGUUCAGUUAGGAGAGCAAAGAGGCAGCACAGGAGAGCUUCAGCUCAGAAACCCGAGGAGGUGAUCCAGCGUUACAUGGAGGUGGUGUCGGCGGUUCCGGAGGAGGACUGCAUCAUCUGCAUGGACCAGCUCUCCAACCCGUCCGGCUACGAGGCGGGCUCGUCCGAGGAGAGCAGCCAGAGCAUCGCGCCGGGCAGCGUGGGGAAGUUCGUCCGAUGUGGCCACACCCUCCACAUGCUCUGCAUGCUCGCCAUGUACAACAACGGAACAAAGGACGGCAGCUUGCAGUGUCCCUCCUGCAAGACAAUCUACGGGGAGAAGACGGGCACGCAGCCCAAAGGGAAGAUGGAGAUCUACAGCAUCGCCCAGUCGCUGCCCGGACACCCGGACUGUGGAACCAUCCAGAUCAUCUACAGCAUCCCUCCUGGCAUCCAGGGUCCAGAGCACCCCAACCCGGGACAGCCGUUCACCUGCAGAGGCUUCCCCCGUUUCUGCUUCCUCCCGGACAACGACAAAGGCAGGAAGGUUCUGGAGCUGCUGAAGGUGGCGUGGAUGCGGCGCCUCAUCUUCACCGUGGGGACGUCCAGCACCACCGGCGAGCCCGACACGGUGGUGUGGAACGGCAUCCACCACAAAACCGAGAUGAUGUCCAACCUGUCGGGCCACGGAUACCCCGACCCCAACUACCUGGACAACGUUCUGUCGGAGCUGGCCUCGCAGGGCGUGACGGAGGACUGCCUGAAGGCCGCCGGAGGCAGCAGCUAGGCCACACCCCCGCCCCGCCCCGCCUGUGAGGCCGGCGGGCGGAGCUCUGUUACAAAUGGACUUCUGUGCCGCUCUGCCGAUCUCAUGAAGCACUUUAGAGCGUUCCAUGACUCCAGAUCCCAAACGCAUGCAGUCGGGAGUUUCCCAUCAGACCUCUGAGAACCGGCGGAGCAGGUCAGGCUAAACACUACCGCUGUAAAUAAAGACACGAAUGCAAACCA